CUUUCUUUCUGAUUUGUUUGUGUACAUGAAAGUUGAAUAACAUCUAUUAUUCUAUUAUUCUAUUAUAUUAAUAUUUUAGAGAGCCUUAUUUGCCUAUCUAUCAGCCUACAGAAGCAGAACAUGGAGCCAAAAACGGAAUUGCAACGGAAUGCGGUUGCUACCGCCCGCCGCCAGGAAUUGGAGUUUAUACAGCGAACUAUGGACAUGCAGUGGCUGAACAGCCGGAUGGAGGACGGUAGGAUGGGCCGUUGUCUCGCUCUAAUCAAGCGGGAAGCUGAGAUGGAGAAAGAUUUCCAGGAGAGAACAGACCACGCAGCGAUUGUCAAUGCUCGCGCCAAAAAGGAGACUCAACUGGGAAUCGAAAUAGCCAAGGUGGAACGUGAGGAGGCUUGCAAGUUGCUCCGGAGGCAUUACCUCUGGGAAACAGAUCCGGGGCUGCGUGAACUGAACAGGAAGCUGCGAGCAGGAUACGUUUGUAGGGAUUUGAAGCAGCAGAUUCUCCAUAAUGAGUAUAGGAGGCAACAGGAAAAGGCAGAAGAACGCUACGCCAACAGCGUUCUCCUCCAAGCCACCAACGACACAGGUGCCAGAGAGGCAGAAGAAGCCCAGAAGAUAGCUCGCACUGCUCAGUACUGCAAAGACUUGAAGCAACAACUGGUCAAUAGACAGCUGGCGAAGCAGUGCCAGUAUGAGGACUCCCUCAUUGAGAAGACGAUGCUGGAUGACAUCAUGAGGACUAUAGCUGAUGAGGAUCAAAGAGAGUUGCAAAACAAACGCGAACAAACGGAGAAGCUUCGCGCUGAAAUGUUCGCUUCUGCCGCCGCACGUGCCGCGUGGCGGGAGAAGCAGAAGCGGAUGGUGAUCAUCGAAGAGAAGCAGAUCGAGGAGCAGAAGAAGGCAGCUUCGGACAGAUCUUCAUCUAUAGUAGCAGCACGCGCUGAGAAGAUGCGUCAGAAAGAGGAGUUGAACGCCAGGAUCGCGGAUAAAAUAUUGGCUGAUGAGGCGGAGCGUCAAGACCGCGAGAACAUAAUCAAACUUCUGCAAGAGCAAGAGUUUUUGGAGAAGAAUCAUCAGGACGACAUCGCCGCCGCGCUGAAGCUGGAGAGAGUGCGAGUGGACACCAAGACCUCCCUCACCGCGCAGAUGGAGAACAAGAAGAGAGUCGCAGAAGAGCAGAGGAAGAGAGAAGCAGAGUUUAGGAAGCUGUCUGAAGUGAAAAUGGCCGCCGACGAGGAGAAGGAACGGGAGAAGGAACGCAAGAAGAGAGAGAAAAGCAAACAGUAUUCCAGCGAGCUUCUGAAACAGAUCGAGGAAAACGCCAGGAGGAGGAAGAACGAGAGGGAGUUGGAGGAGAGACGGGCGCAACACGUGUGGGACUUUGAGAAAGAAAGGUCUAAAGAAGUAUACGAAGAACGGAAGAAGAUAGUUGAAGAGCAUGUUCCACACGUCCUCGGCUAUUUACAGGCGGGAGUUAUCAAGAAGGAUGAUUUGCCUUUCGUGAGGAAAGGAUGCGAUCAACAUGAGAAUCUGAAGAAUUUAGAUGUGGAGGGCUUGGCCGAGCCUAGGGGAAGACCAAAGAGAUUUUCGAAAUGUAACGCCCAAUGUCGAAUUUUGAGAGAGUUUUAGGUGAUUUCUCGGAGUUUCUCGCUAAUUAAUUAUAAAUUUUUAAUGUUGAAUUGUUUUAGAAGAUUGUGUAGUUUCUCGCCUUUUCUUUGAAGUUUUGACAUGUUUAAGAUGAUUUUCUAGAAAUACUUGUGUGCAAACAACUCGGGAAUCUGAAGAACUCGGGAAGGCCACAGUGGCACGAGAUUUCUCUACGUUUCUCGUUAUAAAUUUUAGAUAAUAGACAGUAAUAUGAAGAAAUUGGAAUGCGCCUGGCAGUCAUGUGAGUAAAAACAAAAAGAUGUCAACACGCAUUGAUUAAUUUUUAGGAAAUUUAUACAGAAUUGUGAAGUUUCUCACCACUGAAUUAUGAAUUUUAGUUAAUAAUUUUCUAGCAAAAUAUAUUGAAGAAUAGAUCAAAGAGUUCUUGCACGUAUUUAUAGCCAAUGAUUGCAUUUUUAGUAAAUAGUUUUAGUUGAUUUUUAUACAUAACUGUAAAAUUUUGAUACGAUUUUAUACAUUAUUGGACAAAAUGUUAUCUGUUGAUAUGUUAUAGAAAAUGACCUGUGAUGUAAAAGACUGAUUGUUUGAUUAUAUUAAAUUAGUACUGAUUUCAUUAGCUUAA